AGAUCCUCAGGACUCUUCCCUUGCAGGUUGCUUCCCUCCUCCCUGUCACUUCCAAGGGAUUUUUGCUGGCUGCAGGUGAAGGGCAGAGGAUGUCCCUGAGCUUCUUUUUUUUUCCCUCUCUAUUCUACCAGCCCAAAAAUGCCAGCUGCCAAGGAGAGGAAUCAGGAAAGCCAGUAACCAGUGAACGUGAAAAAAGUCAUCAUUGUUUGGAGCAGCAGUGCUGGGUCAGAACGACAUGAAAGGGUUUCUCAGCAGCAAAUGUUACUCCUGGGACUGGAAUAUAACUAACUCCUGCCCUCCUCCCCUCUUCCAGGAUGCCAUCCAGCUUGCCAGCAGCACACUGAGGCUUCUGUGAAAUGUCACUCCCAGCCCUGGGAUUUUCCAGCAGAGCCAAAGGAAUGGGGAUCCUCAUGCUUGUUUUCAUAUUCAUCUCCCUGACCCAGCACGGAGAUGCUCAUGGACCAGACAGCUGUACCCAGGGAGGGGGCUUGUGCCGAGUGGGAAGCUGUGUUUCUGGUGAAUACCUGGCUCACUACUGCUUUGAACCCGUCAUUCUCUGCUGCAAAAAUCUGUCACCUGCCACCACAGAGAGCUGAAGGUUUCCAGAGGAGCCACUGCAGCACGUGGAGAGCUGCAGGCUCCACUGGCACAGCAGGAGCAGCUGUGGGGAAGGAGAUUUUGUGGUUUGUGUGGCUGUGGAUUCACUCCUGGACUCCUGAACACUUUGGUUUUGCUGUAAGUUUUUAGGAAACACUGUGACAAGAAGAAACAGGGACCACUCAUAUCUGUGGCCCUUUUGGGAUGCUGAUUGUUAUCUGACAUGCCCAGGUGAAAAACUGCCUUUCUGCUUACCUGAAACCAAUAAACCUGAGGUUUAACAAA